UAUGUACAUAUAUAAAAGGGCCAUCUUGAGAUCGGCUCCGUAUUCUAAGUGAAAUCAUAGUUGUGAUCUUCAGGAAUUAAUUCUCCAUUCAUUGAUGGGUAAUUGCAGAUCGUGCCAGUGUCCGGCGGCAGCCACGGCAAAGCUGAUCUUUUUCGACGGCGAGCUGCAAGAGUUCUCGUCUCCGGUGAAGGUCUCCGAUGUAGUGCAACAAAACCCGGGUUCGUUUCUCUGCAACUCAGAUCAAAUGGACUUCAACGACUUCGUUUCCUCCCUGGACGACGACGAGGAGCUUCAGCCCGGCCAGCUCUACUUUGCGCUGCCGCUGCGGUGGUUGUCUCGGCCGCUGCUGGCGGAGGACAUGGCUUCUCUGGCAGUUAAAGCGAGUCUGGCUCUUGCCCGGGGUGGCUGUGGACGCAAGUACUGUACCGGAAAUUCUGGCGGCGGAAGGGUUGACGUUGAGAGAGAUGUCAAGUUCAGGCCGACGGUUGUUUCGGGUGGAGGCCGCCGACAGGGGUUGGUGAAAGCGCGUGUACUGACAAGAGAGUUGAGUAUGAUUACGGAAGAGCAGUAACAAGAAGAUGAUCAUUCGUUCAUCAACCAACGGGACGGAGGCUACAUAAAUUUUGAUUUUUAUUAUUAUUUGAUCAAAAUAUAUCUUUGAUAAGAUCCGCCAAGCGGAGAGCAAGUAAGUAUGAUGGGCUCACCGGCUCAGGGCAGGGCUCUCUCUCUCUUUCUCCCUCCGCAAUGCAAUGGUUACUCUCUGUUCUGUUCUUUAAUUUGGCUGGUAUAUAAUGGAAAAUCAUAUAUAUUAUUUUUAUAUAUA